AUGGCCGCCUUUGCGUCUUUGUCCGCGGCAUCUGCCGCUGCACGGACCUCCGGGCUGUCGUCCGCGAAGGGCGUCGGUUUCGUCCGGUUCUUCUCGAUUUUCGCGCCUUCGCGCGCAGCGGCCGUCUCGGGUCUGCAGUUGUCCCGGCCGACUGCAGUUGCCGCUCUGUCCCAAUUCCAACAGAAGCGCAACGUCGGCGGUAGUGCUCUCGACUUCACCGUCGCCUGCCGGACGUCGACGGAAACGAGAAAAGAUCUCGGACCGACGACUCCGAUGAACGUUUUCACUGCGGUCAACUCUGCUCUCCACACGGCUCUCGAGACAGACCCAACAGCGUGCCUCUUUGGCGAGGAUGUGGCGUUUGGAGGCGUCUUCCGCUGCUCCGUGGACCUCCGUGAGAAGUUCGGACAGCAUCGUGUCUUCAACACCCCUCUUUCUGAGCAGGGGAUUGCUGGCUUCGGCAUUGGCAUGGCUGCAGUCGGCUACACAGCCAUCGGAGAAAUUCAGUUCGGCGACUACAUUCUUCCUGCUUUUGAUCAGAUCGCCAACGAAGCCGCCAAGUUCCGCUACCGCAGCGGAGGCAACUGGAACUGCGGAAAGCUGACGAUCCGUAGUACAUGGGGCGCAGUGGGCCACGGCGGUCUCUAUCACUCUCAGUCUCCCGAGGCGUACUUUGCGCAUGCUUCCGGUCUCAAGAUCGUCGUGCCCCGAGGGCCCUACCAAACAAAGGGUCUGCUCCUCUCCUCGAUCCGCGACGACAACCCAGUCGUCUUCUUUGAGCCGAAAAUCCUGUACCGUGCCGCCGUCGACGAAGUUCCCACAGGCGACUACGAGCUGCCGCUCAGCCAUGCCGAGGUUGUGAAGGAAGGCUCGCACAUCACCGCCAUCGCAUGGGGAACGCAAGUGCACAGACUGCUGAAGGCUGCGCAGGAAGUCGAGAAGGAGGGCAUUUCCGUCGAAGUCGUGGACCUCCAGACGAUUCUGCCGUGGGACGUUGACACCAUUGUGAAGUCUGUGAAGAAGACCACUCGAUGCCUCAUCACCCACGAGGCUCCGCUGACCAUGGGUUUUGGAGCAGAGCUCGCGGCGACUAUCCAGGAAAAGUGCUUCUUCAGUCUCGAGGCUCCGAUCAAGCGCGUCACCGGAUACGACACCCCCUUCCCUCUGGCCUUCGAACCCUUCUACCUGCCUGACGAGCACAAGGUCGCGGAGGCGCUUCGUGAGUUGAAGCAGGCCUGA